AUGGCCGCCAACCCGUUGAAUCCCUCAGAAGCAGGCACAGGUCCAUUCGCUAUACACGCUGAUGCUGCCCCGUCGCUGCCACCGACAUCCCCGAGUCUGCCUAAUGGAUCCUGCAAUUUCGUUGACCUGACGCCUGGCACUAAUGGAGCCAAGUGUGGUUGCCGUCGUUUCUGGCCUCGCCAGGUGAUGGGUAAUACUGUUGUUGACCAGCCUGGAUGGUGUAUGUGUGCCCAUCACGCGUGCUUUCAUGACAACGAUGGACCUCGUGAUGAGUUGCAACAGCAACGGAAACAGCAACAACACCAGAAUUCGCCGCAACGAACCAGUUUUGACCCCCUUGGACAGGGAAAUGGGAGACCUUGCACUGGACGCGAACCGCUGAGCCCCGUCGCGGACGCAUCCGUGCAAGGCGUUUCUACCGUCCCUGCAAUUGACUUUUCUGCCUUGAGCCCCGACGCUCCCCUCUCUUUUGUUCAUGAAUUUGAGACCGAGGCUGAGGGCACCCCGAAGCAACAGGCUAGUCGUCAUCCUCCAGGCUCCAUGCCUGAUACGUUGGCUUGGGACGAGUAUAUGCAAACCCCGUGGGAAUGUCCAAGACCGUCCUCUGACCCCAUGGCAUUGCCUCCUAGCCCAUCCCAGUUUCUGAUAGCCUCUCAGACUACCUCGACCACCUCGUCUCAUCAGGCAAAGUAUCAAAGACCAUUUGCCGGAAAAGGUCUUGGUACCCUUGAUGUCACUGCCACUGGUUCCGUCUCCUCACGACCACAACACCCUCAAACGUCCAAUAAUACGAAAUUUGCAAGCGUUGCGCCCCGGGACCCUGACACCUCAAAUGGCGACUUUGUAUUUGUUGACCGUAAUAUACCAGGGCGGGAAAUAUCACAGCCAAACACUGCUACUCAGGAUGAGCCUCGGGUUACCGCGGCAUGCCAUAAAAUUUAUCCCGAGACUCUUCAACAUCUGUCAGAAGUAGUAAGUGGCCAUGAAGAACGCCUGGAUCGUCUGGAGACUGUGUCAUUCUCUGCAAACGGGCAUGAAGAAUGCGUCGAUUUGCAUGACCAUAUGGAUUUACGGGUAACCGAAUUGGAGCAGAGGAUGGAAGGGGUAGAAAAGACGCUUGAUGUAGCAGGUUUGACCAAUAAGCAAGCUGACGAAGAAGACGAUGGUGUUAAAAGUGUCCUCUCCGCGGCUCUCAGCUCCGCCAGCCUGCGAAACCAAGACGAAAUCAUGUCCCAAAUAGACAGCCUGCGAGCUCAAGUCGGUCAUCUUCAGUCAUUUCUGCCAUCACACGGCCAUGCAUGGACAAUCGAAGCCGUCUUUUUACCUUUCCCGCUCAAGAGACUCUGGCAAGAAGUCUCGCAGUUCAAGACCGAUGCCAGCAUCAGCAACGACGACUGGACGCAAAUUCCCAUGGCGCUCAGCAGCCCAACUUUGCGGUCUCAAUCACCGUUUGGCGGCGACGACUGGGACGUUUCCGAUCAUGACGCGGAGUGGCUCUACCCAAGAGCCUGCGGCGAUAAAAGCACCCAGGACAAGCGGCUGCGGAGUCGAGGUCUCAUCCAAACUGUGUCCUUGUGCGGUCCCGAUGCAAGAAGCGUCCAAGCCGCCAUCCACGAGGCCUUCGGUCCAGUCUUUCGGACCAUGGGCAUCGCCCCCCGACGGCAGUUUAGCGAUCCCCGACUCUCCAGGUACCUUGGACUCCAGGGUUCAUGGGUACCUCUUCGCAAGGUCCACAAAGACUCGCGGCUCCGAUUCCUCAGCGCCGCCGAAAUGCUCACUCCUACAUCAUGGGACGUCGGCUUCCUGCACUCGGUCGCCAUGAAAUCCGCUGAACCUCGACUCUUCAUCACUCACCCAGACGCCUACAUUCAGGACUACAAAGCAUAUGAGUCUGGCUGGGCAUGGCAACGAAUCCGUGAGAUGGACCGUGCCUCAACAGGCGUGUCGGAAUCACAAGAAGUCAAGGAAGCUGAUGCCAGGGAGCACUGCUGGCUGUGGAACGAGCAACUCGACGAACUACCUGCCGUCCUAACGUCCCUCAACAUGCGCCAGCGCCGCCAACGCACUUAUUCCCCGGCGCUCGUCGCUCACGAACAAGGAUGGCGCUCGGUUAGUCCUGCCGGCGUCCGUAAUCCAUCCCCGAGGCUCUCCGCUGGCCGCCGUUCCGCCCCGCGGCCGCCUCACAUACGCACCGCUUCUGCCCCCUUGACAGCCCAGCCCAUCCCAAGGGCCACCAGUCGUCGACGAGUCGUCUCCCACGCCGUCCAACCAUGCGGGCACUUGUCCCCCCUUGCCCGUGGUCCAACUCAGGGCAUCCAGAAGAGACGCUGCACACGCUCGCCAAGCUACCUGCACCACACGCCGCGGUGGACCGCGUCGCUCAGUCCGAUGCCGUCGCCCAUCAACGACCAGCAAAUUGCCCGUGGCAUGACGCCGCCUGCCUACGCCACGCCCUUCAGCAACGCGCCGCUGCAAGAACUGCGUCCUAUUCGAGGCACCAGCGUCGCCCGCAGCGGAACAUCCCACGUGCCCCUCGAUUACCCAACAGACGAGCAUUUUGAUGUAGAAAUCUACGACAGCGGCGACGAUUCAUAUUGCGACGAUCAAGAGAGUAUCUCCAGCGGUGAAGUCAUGUCCCGCCGUGAAACUCAUCGUGGUCAUGCAGGGCAGCUACCCGAAGACGAGCCGUGGCCCGGCAUCGAAGACCGGGACCCAUCCUCCAACGGGGAGAACGUGGACCCGGACGAGCUCCAAGGGAGCAGCGAAGGCAGCAGUCAGCCAUCCGAACACCCCAGCGCACAACAGGCGUGGCCCAGUGAUGGGAUCGGCUUCAAAAUCCACGAAGACGAGGGACACGAGGAAUGA